CUCCUCCAUGGUGAGUUUCAGUCGUGGUUCUGAGGAGGUCCCUGUUCCUCCUCCCGUUCCUCCUCGCAGACGUCCAGACUCGGCCCCAACUGACUCGUCCCCCUUAAAGCCGCUGCUCAGCGUGAUAUUAGGGGUUUAAACCUUCAGAGAACCUUCACCUCCACACACAAAGGAGAAGAAGAAGAAGAAAAUGGCCGACUCCACCAGCAGCAGUCACUCCGACUCUUCAUCUUCAUCCAACAACUCCUCUUCUUCCUCCUUCAGAGACUUCACACAUUCAGCUUUGCAGCUUUUCCACUGGAAGGAACCAAAGAAGUCGCUGGUGGCGUUCGGAUUGUCGCUGCUGGUUCUCGUCUCGGUGGCAACGCUUUCUGUCAUCAGUGUGGUGUCGUACCUGCUGCUGACCUGCCUCUGUGUCACCAUCACCUUCAGGGUCUAUAAAUCUGUUAUCCAGGCCGUCAAGAAAUCAGAUGAAGGUCACCCAUUCAGGUCUCUGUUGGAGACGGACAUGUCUGUAUCCUUGGAGUCUGCCCGGAUGCUAACUGACCGGUCUCUGGUUCAUCUGAACUGGUUAACCUGUCAAACCAGGAGGCUGCUUCUGGUCGAAGACCUGGUUGACUCAUUGAAGCUGGCUGCUGUCAUGUGGAUGAUGACGUAUGUUGGAGCCAUCUUUAAUGUAGUCACCAUCCUCAUCCUCGCUGACAUCAUGUUCUUCAGCACUCCUCUCAUCUACCAGAAGAAAAAGGAACAGAUUGAUCGGUACAUUGAGUUGAUAAAGUCCCGGGUGGAGGAGAUGCGGCAGAAGAUGAAAUAUAGGUUACCUGGAGCUGUGGGAAGAACCAAGGCUGAAUGACCAAUCACACUACUUCAUACGCUAAUGUCAUUUCUUCUCUGAUUGGUUGGUUUAUCACUGAUUCUCCUGCUCCAAUACAAUUCUGACUCACAACCUCAUUGUUUGUUUUAUUCUUGUUAUUAUUUAUUGUACUUCAGGAAGAUCCUCAGAUAAAAACGUAACCAGUGGUGGGUUGUGUUCUUUUAAUUACACAAUGCAGAACCAGAUGUUGCAGACACACAGACCAAGCGAGAUCCACUGCACUCCACUUAGUGCACCUUCCCAGUUGUCAUCCAGUUUACUGUUAUGACAUAAUCAGCAUUUGCACAGAGACAAAGUACACUGAACUAACUGCUAUCAGGGGUUAAAGGUCACUGCCGACAGAAGAACUGAAUCUGCUGAAACUGCAGAAAGACAAGAGACAAAUGAGAGGAGGAAGACCUCUGUAAGAGGAACAAAAGGAAACGUGACCGAUACGGAAAGAAAGUUUCUCAACUGGACUAAAGGAGACUGAACUGAAGCUUCACCAGAGUAACUGGAUCAAAUAAAGUCACUUCCGGGAACUUUCCUUUUCCUGCCACAAUUUCAGGUAACGCACAACUUUAGCGCCAUAAAAACCACUACUACUUUUUUCAAAAAAGAGACAGGAGUUGCUCGUUGCUGAGGUUCAACUAGCAUAUCUGGGCGUGGAGCCAGCUGCCACUGUGAGGAAACACUGAAGGUAAAGCCUGCAAUUUUCUUUACUGAGACUCAAAGUUCAAGUUAAUUCUGGUAAUAUAUUUAUUAGUAUAUGGCAGUUCAAUUUGUACAUGUUCUGGAGAUUAUUUUCCAAAGAAAACCAAUUCAAACAAAUGGUAUGUAUGUAUAUGCAUUCAUAUGAUAUACUGUAUAUAUUUAUAUUUACAGAAGAACCACAGUCUCACAGAGCUACAGUCACCAAAUACAAUGUAAUGAGUUUGUGUUAAGGACCAUCAACGACAUAAUUUCAUUAUGGUUUGGUGGAAAUUAACUACUUAAAUGAACGUGUGGAAGUGUUGGAGGUGUGAUUGUCACGGUGUGGGUUUGUGUCCUGUUGUAUUUUGUAGUUUACUGCCUCUUGUGUCCCUGGGUUAGCUUCACUUUCCGCCCUGCCCUGUCAUCGCUUGUGACUGUCUGUCGUGUCCCUGAUGGUUUCCACCUGUGUCCAAUCACCAGCACCUUCCCUGUGUAUUUCAGCCAUGUGUAUCUCCUGGGCCCUGUUCCUCGUACGUGGCUAACUGAGUUAGCCGGAUCAUUUUCAGGAUGAGAUGACGUAGAUCAGGCUUUUGGAUUCCCCAAAGCAGGUUUGGCUAAAUCACCAUAGCAACACAUCGAAAAACUUGAACCUGCUCCGGUGCAGCUUCAUUUGAACCAGCUGGAUUAGUUCAUCACUCAACCCGAAAAAAAAGACAGCUCACUACCUCAUUGAUGAAGGAGCGAUAUCAGUUAGAUUAACGUUUUAUAGGGAGACACUUCUCCAAGAUCACAAAGACCCGUUAUGACAUCACGAUGACGUCCUGCAUGAGUGCCAUUGAGGCUAAAGACAAGGAAUCAUUUCCCGAGCCGAAACGUCACGUGAUGAACACCUCACGCUGCAGCUGAGCAUCCACUGUCCCACAGACUGUCUCACAUACUGUCCCAUGGACCGUCUCUAGACGGUCUCACACACUGUCCCACUGACUAUCUCUCAUACUCUCUCACAUACUGUGUCACACACUCUCUCAUGUCUCACACACUCUCUCAUGUCUCACACACUCUCUGACACACUGUCUCUCACACUGUCCAUGUCUGUACGGUGUUGCGAUGCAGAGAACGGGAUAAUGAUUCUCCCAUACACAAUCACAAACACAUAAUAAAGGUAUUUGUUCUAUAACGUCAUCUACACAUACAUAUGAUACAUAAGCUGAUACGGUACAUAGAUCCUAUUCAUUCGUAUCAAUUAGAUUCUUUGGGCUUGUUUUCAUCUACAUACUGUGAAAGAGUUGAGAUCAUUAUUCUCAUUGGAUGAAGAUGCGUCCAUGAAGCCUCCUGCAAGCAAACAUAUUUAAAUAAAUGUAAUCUGAUUGAUUAGAAUGACGAGGCACUUAAAAUUUGCUUAUACAUUUUACCAACAUGCAUUUAAAGUUCACUUGUCUGCGAUACUUUGUCGGGCUUGUAGCCUCGCAGGGGGGCGCUGUCAGUUUUUGCCUCAUGUGUCUUUACAGUCUGUACACAUGUGACAUCCUCUGUCCAGAAAACAUCACAUCAGCACAGGAAAAACUCCCUAAACAAUGAAAAAGUCUUCAAUGGGCAGAAUAAAGGGACGAAACCUUUAGAGAGACAGAGUAGGAUCCUCCCCCGGGAUGGACAGACUGCGAUCGACGUACAGAAUGAACAACGUAAAAGAUGUACUAUACGCUCAAUUCAUCCGACAGAAAUGAUUCAAAUACACAUAUUAUCUCCUUAUAAGCAUUCAUGAUCAUCUCCUGCUCGUCAGCGGAGAAAAAAGACAAUCUUCCUUUAAGUUUAUUUGCCGUGAUACUGUUAGAAAAUCUUGGUUUCAGUGAUUGACUCCUGAUGACUGACAUCUGGUUCAAACUAACAAGACUGUUUGAGCGCCGAUCCGCCUUUGAGGAACCGAUAUAGCCUGAUGUCAAUCAUCUCGGUAAUUUGAGCUAGAUAAUGGUCCAUUUGAUGGACUUAGUUGAACCACGUACGAGAAACAGGGCCCUGGUUGAGUCAUUACGUUGUUUUCCAUGUUGGUGUGUUCCCAUUCUGUGUUUUCCUCCUAGGUAUUUUUGAUUUGAGCUUCAAUAAAAUAUGUUGUUAGUUAAA